CUGUUGCUUGGCAACUUCAAGAGAGUUAAGCUUCUGCAUUCCACCAGAGUCAGAAUUACAAAGUUUGGUGAGCCCCGUCAAUUACCUCUUGCGACCAAAAGGAAAUUAAUUGUCCAUCAUGCAGAGGGCUUGAGAAGCUGGCAUCCAGAGCCAUGUCGCACUUCUUCUACUUGACUCCACAAAUCGUUCUGCCCUUUAGCCCUCUCAGCUCUCGAGAGUUCGAUCUGAUCAGACGCGAGGCUGGAGCGUCUUGGCAGAAGGAAACGAGGUGGUCAGACUCUUCCAUAACAACAUACACAGGCAGUUACCGGAAAAAGCAACUGGAUGAGUCCGCCAGCAGCCGAUUUUCUUUUAAAGCAGGACGGCAUCGGCCUGAGUGUAACCAGAUAUCAUCACCGAAUUCUGCCUUCAGUCCCACGGUCUGCAGAGCUGGCUCCCGGGAGACUACAGAUGCGAAGAGACUAUUUCCUCAAAUAACCAGUUCUUUUAAGAAUGCACCUGAUGUCAAACACAGUGUGGUACACCAAAUUCUGUUUGGUGAUUUUUCUACAGCACCUCCAAAUUAUGAAAAAUCAUGUAUGAGAAUUAAAAAGCCAGUAUCUAGGAACCUGAUCAACUACAAUCAACUAAGGAAAGACUUUCUGAAGCACCUGCUCGCACCGGGUGACUCCGCAAGCCUGGCCGGCUCGUCGGAAGACUCAGAAGGUGACCAGCGCUCCGCUUGUGGUCUGGGACGACCGUCACCGUCACUUAGCUGAGUCGCAAAACCAAGUCCCAAAGGUGGAGGCCUGCGGUUUGCUCAAGGACUCUGAGGUAGGAGCGGGCCCGCCCACAUCUAGACUUUCACAGGCUGGCCUUCUGGGACCCCUUCCCGGGCUCCAGAACACCCCCAGGCCUUGGAAGCGGGAACAAAAGUUAUCGUUAUAAUCACUACUGAUUUUUUCAAAGGGAAAUACCUGGGAGUCACCCUUCUCCGCAAGAGCCCCAGAAAUGGUGCUGUGACCCCGCGACCUGUGGGCUCCCGCGUGGAGGAGCCUGUCCCUUCCAUCCGGGAGACCUCGGCGCGGAGGGGCGCAGGGGCGUGAGAAAGGCUUUUUUGUAUUCUGAG